AUGUUAUUUAUUUUUCUUAUUCUUUUUGGACAUGUAUUCUUCAGUCAAACAGCUAUUUUUCUGUGUGAUUUCGAAACAAUUUGUAAUGAUUUUGAUAUUGACACAAAUUGGGGUUUAACGGAUGGUCUUCAUCCUGAAUCUAUUGAUCAUGAUCAUACAUUAAAUACGAGUGCUGGCCAUUAUCUAUUCUAUAGUCCAAAAAGUUCGCCACCAUUUUAUGAUAUAAAUGCUAAAAUUAAAACAAAAGAUUGGAUAGAACCAUCAAUGGAUCGUGUUAUAUGUUUUCAUAUGUGGUAUUACACACCUGAAUCUAAUCUUCCAUUUAGUAUUCAAUUAGUACAAGGUGAUGAUGAACAAUUAACACGAAUUGUAGCAUCAAUACCUGGUAAAGAUCCAUCAAUUGAUGAUUGGACAUUUAUUAAUAUAACAUUACCAUCAGAAAAAAUUAAAAUAGUUAUUCGAUUGAAUACAUCAAUUGUUCCUUUAGCAUUUGAUGAUUUGUCUGUUGAUUAUUGUGAUGGGCCACAACCAUUACCACCGAAGAUUCUAUAUGAAUGUGAUUUUGAAUCUUCAUGUACAGAAAAUUUUUUUUCAUUGCCAAAUUAUCCAUAUGAAUGGUCAAUAAUGAAAGCCGAUGAUGCUGUUAAAAUCGAAAAUGCAGCACCUUCUGUUGAUUUUACAUUUAAUAAUCAAUCAGGACAUUAUGCAUUAGUACCGAAUUCAAAGAUAAUUGCAAAAGGUAAUGUUGGUUAUUUUGCACUUCGAACAUCAUUUAAUAUUACUACGGAUGAAUCAUUUUGUUUGAAUUUUCAAUAUUAUGCUUAUGGACAACCGUAUGCUAGUCACCUGAAAGUCUAUGCAUGGAUAUUAGAUUCACCUGAAACGAUACAAGUAUUGUGGCCACCAGUCCGCAGUCAAUAUAUAUAUGUAAGUAAUAAAUGGACUUGGAGUAUUGUGAAUUUACCUGUUGGUGAUUAUUCGUUACUAUUUCGUGUAGAUAAUUCAAAUACUUAUGCAAGUUCAUUUGCAAUUGAUAAUAUAUCAAUAACAUCUUGUGAUUAUUCACCUUCGAUAUUCCAAGACGACGGUGCUUUUCUUUCGUUUUCAUGUGAUUUUGAUAAUUUAACAAUGUGUGAUAUGGAAAAUAGCGUUAGAUAUCCUUAUCCUUCAUAUAAUUUUACUGUAGUUACUGGUGAAACAGUACCUAAUCGAGAUUUGGGUCCACUUCAAGAUCAUACAAAUAAUUCAACAACAGGUGGUUUUAUGUAUUGGGAUCGACAUUUACCUUUUACUAGUGGAGAUUUUGGUAAUGUUCUUUCUUCAAAAUCAGUAGAAAUCAAUUCAGACAUGUGUAUUAAAUUCGCCUAUUAUGUUAAAUCAUCAAUAGAUAAUAAAAAUGGAACACAGUUAGGUUUAGUAACAGGUGGAUGUUUGGGUACACAGAUGUGGUCUCGAUCAUUAGAUGAUAGUAAAGGUUGGCAAGUAGUUAUUCUGCCUACACCAAAUGUUUUGUGUAUGGAAACAUUCUAUUUUCAAAUCUAUCAAAGAGAACCAGUAGCAGUAUCAGUUGCUCUUGAUGAUAUUGAAGUAGCAUCAUGUGAUAUUAUUUCUCCAACAACUACAACUACUUCGACAACAACAACUACUGCCACCACUACUACUACUACUACUACAACUGUAACAACUAGUACUACUACUCAAACCACAACAACUAGCAGUAGUACAACAACAACAUCAACAACAUCGACUACAAAUACAUCCCCACGAAGUAGUUCUCAACGACUAUUAUUUUCUCAAGAAUAUCAUUUGAUUAUUAUUUCAAUAUUGUUACUAAUCACUCGGGAAAUAUUAUAA